ACACCCGGACCCAGCAAACGUUAGCUGCUCCGCGAGUAAAGAGAGAAGGGCUUUGGACGCUAUGCGCAGAAAGUGUGCCAAGACAGUCCUGUGCUUCAGUGUAGCUGCAGCAGUUUUGUUGGUUGUGCAGGGACUACUUGGUCAGAGGCAACGGCCGACAGAUCGUAAUGGGGGCGGUGAUGACCCUCCAGCAGCACUUGCUCAGCCGCUGUCUCCAACAAUCACUCCAUCUACGGAUCCAGAUUUGUCUUAUGGUUUGAAAGUAUCGUUACAAAAGCAGAGACGGCAUGUCUCAUUUCCUGAACCCGACACACUUCCCUAUCGCAAGUGGCGCAAGAGUACGGAGGACCGGGAUACAACUCAAACGUGGGCGGUUGCACUCCGCGACUACCUUUCUAUGCUGGACAAAGAUAUCAGUCCUCACGUGAACCUGGUGUUAGGGGACUAUAAGCAUAGAAUGUUGGUCUUGAAUUGGGUUGUUGCUGCUGCAGUCAAACUAGAACCACCCUUACACAAUAUACUUGUUAUAUCCCUGCAACAAGGACUAUGUGACUUUCUAGCCAACAGUACCUAUAUUUCCCACCUGUCAAACAUAACAUGCAUUGUUGUCCCAGUGGACACAAUAUUCUCCUCAAAAUCGAACGACGAUGGGUGGCUAAAAUCUCUGAUGGUACGGCCAGUAGUUCUUAGACUGAUCAACUACUGGGGAUACGAUGUUGCCACCUAUGAUUCUGAUGCUGUUGUGCUAAAAAAUCCUCAAGAGCUGUACAAACGGCACCCACAUGACAUUCUGUCCUCCGCCAAUAUAUGGCCAGAAUAUCAAGCGAAGCCGUGGGGUUUCACCCUCUGUGCUGGAGUUAUGGUGUUGAGAGCUUCUUCUGCUACAGAGAUGCUAUGGAGGUCUAUAUCUAAUGUGAGUAUAAGAGACGACCAGGUGGCUUUAAACACGGCUCUCAAGAACUUGAAUAUGACUUGGAAGAGGACGACCCAAAUCAGUGAAGUGUGUUCCGUAGACGGAUGGGAAGGACAGUCUAGUGGUGGGCUACAGGUGUUUGUGUUCCCAGAACGUCAGUUCUGUCGAGGACACUGCUGCAAUGCACACAGAGAUGGACUGUAUGUUGUUCAUCCCAGUGGAACCCAUGGAGCCAUCAGAUUGAAAAGCCGUGUUCUUGAAAGGGCUCAUGCCUGGUUUAUAUCUACUGUCACCAAAGAAUUGGCAAGCCCGGAAUAAAAGCUUAUCGGCUGUUUUAUUGUGGGAAUGUUGUAUGUGAUUAUAAAUUCAACAUAGGUGCAGUUGCAUGGACCAGUGGCAGGUUAUAAACAAUCAAAAUCUUGUAUCCCUGUUGCUGGACAUAAUUUUUUUUUAUAUAUACUGUCAUGGAACUCCAUGACUUUUGUGAAAUAUUCCUGC